UGCACCCCCACCCCCAGCCGUGCAUCAACCAAGUAGGCAGGGGGCAUCACUUACAACGUGUUUUGUGGACAAACCUGUGUCCAUGCGUACAGAACGGGGACGGGGAAAAAUGACACACAACACACGGGGUUGUGCGUUGUUUCGCAAAGAGCAAACGAACGCGAAAAUGUAAGGAAUAAAAAUUAAAAUUUUAAAUUACGAGUAAGACUUUUUUUGUUGCUGCUGUUUGGUUGUCGUUGCCGCUGCGCUGCUGGCUGCUGCGUAUCAAACGCUUGCUGACCAGUAAGGAAAAAGGAAAUUCCUUCGUACCUCCACGUGUGUGUGUGUGUGUGUUCGCUUCCCGUUUGGGUUCCAUCGCAACUACGAUGCGGAUGCGUUUGGGGCGAUGAAAGGAUGAUGAUUGUUGUUCGGUACAGGAAGAUGUGCAUCGUAAUGCCGGGCAUCGUCGCCACCGCAACCGCACAAUGCGUUCCAGGCCCCAGCAGCAGCAGCAGUAAGCGGUGCCGUUGCCUAGAGAACGAUAGAGAGAAUGAGUGGAAAGCGACAAGCGGCACCCGGGCCAGGUAUGGGCCAAAGGUAAAGGGGGCCUACCGAAAAAUCGGGAACCGAAAGUGGCGAUGAGUUUGUUGUUGCAUGAUGAUGAUGAUGAUGCGGCACAAAACGGUUACACCACCCCGGAGGGGAGGGGGAACGGAUAUGCGUUUUGUGGAGUAGAGUUAGUGCUGCCCAGUGUAAAUUGAUUACCGAAAAAAACGACUGUUGAUUGUUGAUUUUGUAUUGUUUGUUUUGCACAUUGUAGUUAAAAUUAUUAUUUGUUUUUAAUUUUUUUUAUAGAAUUAAAAAAUAUGUUUCUUUUCUAUUAAAUUGAGUAACUUUUAACGUAAAACCAUCUUCAUCGAUCAUCGAAAGAGGGGCCGUUUUGUUGCAACCGUCCCGUCCCAGUUCUGAUUGUCUCCGUUCGUUUUUGAUACGAUGCAACUUCAAAAUGCAGUUGGCAAUUCCUCAAAAAAAGGAAAGAAAAGAAACAGAAUCAUUUGCAGCUGUACGAUAAUUAAAUAAAAUAUUUGAAUGCUUGUGUGUACGGAAUCGUUCUCGGGGUUGAUCGUUUGUAGAAGCGCAGAAAUGACAAAUGUCGGCGCUUUUAGGUUGAUUUUUUUUUUGGUGGGCCGAUCGUACUUUGAGCUGGAAUGGUUGAUGUAGUUUGUCAGUUUGUUUUAUGUAUUCUUUUCGUGUUCUUUUGUUUUUUUUUUAAAGCACAAUGUGUUAGGGGCAGUUCGGAAGCACAGGCAGGCAGCGGUCAAAAUGGACCGCUUUUUUAUGGCGAGAUUCGUUGCCUGCGCUGUACCUAGGCUCCACAGCCUUACACCACACCGCUUACAGGGCGAAUUUGGGGGUUUAGUGAGCUGAUUGAAUUUUAUUGCAAUCAAAUGCAAAAACGAAGGAGCCAUCCGAAACAGCCUUUUCCCACAAGCUUUGAUUGCGAUGGAUUGGUUGGUGUGUGCUUGUGUUUGUGCGAUUUGUUUUGUUUUGCCUGGGCUGUAAUUAAUUUCUCUAACCGGUUGGUGUGAAUGAUUGUUAAGACAGUUGGCCAUCAGCACGAACAGAAUGAAGCUUCCAAGACCCUUCCAUACCAACGCAAAAGCAGUGGUACUGCAAUUAAAGUCCGUCUUGUCGGUGUGUUUCGCAUUACCAACAUUGUACUCUAGCUAUUUCUAGAAAGUGUGUUUAAUCAGUUUUUUUCUGUUUCAAUUUCAAAGAUGCAACCAAUCGAAGCAGUGGGGGGGUUUUCCUUCAAUUUCGUGACAAGAUCAAACCGUUCGAUGCAGCAAAAUGCAAGGGGGGGGGGGGGCGGUUUGAUAAGCACACAGCCAUCAACAGACACGUAUCUUAGCUGAUCGAGCGAUACAGAAUGAAGCUGCUCGCCUUUUAUUCGGCUAUAAAACCAGCAAGCGGGGCUUAGUCGAAGGGGUCAGUUUGCCUAUUGCCGUUUUGUGCGGGACCACGAGUGCGUACCACAAUCCGUCGGCGCAACAACAACACAACAUGGAACCGAUCGAUACGCGGGCAGAGCGCAGGGAAAAGAUCGCCUACCAUCUGGAGACAUGCUUUAACACCAUCAACCACAUGCUGAUUGGAUAUGUGACGUUUUAUCUGUCCUACUACUCGUACACGAGAGGCUUUGGCAAGCUGUUUACCUGGCACAUUUUCCUCUGCUCCGUCGGUUACCAAUUUUUCAUGGCACAGUCACUGCUUACGCUCUACCCUGCCAACUCGUGGACGAAUCGGUACUCGACUGCAACCAAGCGCCAUCUGCACUGGGCUUUGCAGGCGAUCGGCUGUGUUGCAAUCCUUGUCGGGAUCGUUAUUGAGAUCUAUCUGAAGGAGGAUGCUGGACGGAACCACUUCCGGUCGGAUCAUGCCAUAACGGGUUUGGUUUCACUCAUCUUUAUCGCACUGUCCAUACUGAACGGCAUCGCAGCGAUGUACACCGUCAAGAUUAAGCACCUCAUCAAGCCAGUGUACGUGAAGAUGUGCCACUACCUGACCGGCAUUGUCGCCUUCGUUAUCGGUAUGACAUCGCUCGCGCUCGAGUACUCGCCGCGGAUGCUAUCGGUGCAGCACAAGCAGAUGCUGAUCGCGUUCACCACCAUUACGACCGCCCUGACCCUAAUCGGGGUGUGCAAAACGAUGACCAAUCAGUGCCGAAAUCUGCGCCAAUCUUGAAGAUUGAAAUUGAAAAGUGUGUAAUGUAUGUAUGUAUAUUGUUAAAAUUCAUUUAUUUGUAUCACGCGCCACAAUGUUCGCUCGCUCGGUGCUGUGUUGUACAAUGCGUAUUAUUUGCUUUUCAUUACAAAAUACGUAACGGAGACGUGUGUUGUUUGUUAUUCGUUGUGUCAUUAGCAGCGCGCGCUAGCGUGAUUUGAUUUAAAAAGAAAAGAAAAAAAAACACUCCUCUCUCUCUCUCUCCUAUUUCGUGUCCUACUGAUCUGAUCCUGGCAAUCCCCCCGGGGGUGGAUAGGUGAAAACAAAAUGAUGAUACUUCAUAAUUACUAAAAACAAAAUACUCUAUUAAGGCUGCAAGCAUAUGCGUUAUGGGUUACGGGACAGAAAUGAUUGUUUUUCCACUGGGGUUGUGGUAUUUGAGUUAAUUUUGCUACGAAGCAAAUCGUAAAACUAGAAACAAACGACGGUUUGUGGCUGGUAGUCGACUUAAAAUCGUUGUUGUGCUUGUUUUGUUGCUUCUUUUUGUUUUGAUUUCUUUUUUUCCCUUCUUUUUUUCUGUUGUAUGAUUUGUUGCCGCUUUUCGUAAUCGUACAUUAUCGUAAAUUUAGUUAAACAUAAGAAUCACAAUUUCUUCGUUUAGAUUUGUUUAUUAGAAUUUUUUUCUUUAAUUUAUACUUUUUUCUCUCUCUCUCUUUCUCUCGCACAUACUUUUCUUCUUCUUAUCUCAUUAUUUCUCUCUUUCUCCCGUCUCAUUUCUUCUACAUUUUCAUUUUGUAUUUUCUUUCUAACACGUAACUUUUGUUUUUUGUUUGUUAUAAAUUUCAAUUAAGAUUAAAAUUUGGCCGAAAGUUUUUGUUUUGUUGCAAGUUCGCGUUGUUGCUUCACGUGUUGCAAAAAAAUAAUAAUAAAAUUUCCAUUACCUAGCCUAGUCAACGAUUGUCGAUUGUAAAUAAAACACCGUUUUGCCUUUCUACUUCUUCUACUUCUUUUUUUGUUAAGCUUUUUUGUUGCCUCCUCGUUUUUAUUCUCUCUCUAUCAUCCUUUUUAAAUAAAUAGCGUUCACGACGAAAAAAUAAUAAUAAAUUUUGCUUUUUUUUCUUGUUUUGCUUUUGCACAUUACCUAAUCUUGUCGAAAUUAAAAAUCACAUUUUUUGUUGCUGUUUUAUUACUCUGUCAACAGGCAUCUGAAUUAAACGCAAUCAACACAAUGCUUGAAAGGGUGGAAGGAGAGUGGUGGUGAGCAUGCAUGCGAAAGGUGAAAGGAACAAUAAAAUUAAACCAUUUUACUCAAAAACUGUAGCAUUUUCAACAGCCCUUGGGAAGGGAGACGUUAAGAGUGGGUUAAAAAUGUUUAAACGUAAAGUUAAAAAAUAACGUUUAAACGUUCGAUGCUUUGUUCUUGCUCUUGCGCACGUUCGUUACCUUUACCACAGACCACAGAGAACGCAUUUUUCGAUCCGCGCUUUCGUUGUUCGUACUGACUCUAUAUGAUAGUGCUCUUCUUCUCUCACUUUCUCUCUCUCUCCCUCUCUCUCUCUAUCUCUCUCUCUCUUUCUCUCUUUCUACCUCGCUUUUUAUGUACAAGUGGUAAGAGAAUGAUGCAGUCGUUCGUUAAAAUGUUAGUCAGUUUGAAUAGCUUGCACGAGAGACCGUAUUUUGGAUGCUUCGCGGAUUGCUAAUAAACGAUCGUGGGAGAAAGUGAUUCCUGUACGAAGAAUUAAUCUCUAGAUCCCGAAAAGAAGGGGGGAAGAAACUAAGUUUACUUGGGUAGUAAUGUAAACGUUGCGUUUCUCGCGCAAGAUAGCUCUUUAAUGUAGCCAAGCAUUGUAGGUGAACCGUUGCAUCUAGCAAUACGUUUUUUUCCUCUGUUUGUUUUACUUUUGUUACUUGCCAAUACGACAUCGAUCGAUAUUUCACGCCUAACAAUCUCGUGAUCGAUGUGAUGAUGAUAGUGGAGUCGUGCUUAGCACAGCGUUUGCUAUAAAAUCGAAUGUAAUCGAAAGCAGUUAAAACAAAAUCGUUCAGGUAGCAGAGAUCUACUACAUGCUUUUUCAUUUCCGUAACGCCGUGCCUGUCAACUACCGUCGGCGUCAUCAACGGCCAUGUAUGUGUGUGCAAUGUGUUGCCGUUAAUUGGAUUCAUAUUUAAAAAAAAAAAACAAAUGCCUAACAAAAAAAUAAGAAUAAUAUGUAAGUUAAAAUUAGCUUGCUUGCGUUAGAUGCGUCCGCCGCGGCCACCGCGGGAUGUUGAAGUGGGGUGAAAGCGGGAUCGGAGGGG